UAACAAUGUCUCGCUACAUCAAUUUAGUAAAAAUUUGCAUCAUUUUUGAAAGUAAGAUAAGACUGUUCCAUGCAAGCCCCUUGAGGAGUUUAAUAUCAAAAUAUACAGAGAAAAACUUAAUGAUUUAUAUGGGAAAUCACCUCUAGCAUCUUAACAUACCUAACCUUCUUCUCCUAAAAAGAAUAAUAAAAUUGUGUAUUGAAUUUAGUGAGUAAUAGAAAUCCGAGUUUUGACUUGUUACAAACUAAAUUAAAGGAAUUUUCAAAUAAAAAAAGUGCUUCACCAUUAAAAUCCAAAGUUGAUCACGGUUCUCCAAAUAGAGCUUCCGGCAUUCAAUAGUAGUAAUCUAUUAAGAAAAUAAUAGAAUUUCUAAGAUAGGGACCUUUAAUUUUACAUUGCCAUAAAAACAAAUGAGACUUGCAUCUGUUAAUAACAAUUAAUAGUUCAAUGGACCAAUAAGUGAGGAUAGAAAAAUAUAUCCAGUCCGAUUCGAAACUGAGGUCCAAGAAAAAUCCUCUUUUGCAUAGAAGCCGUAAGGAUUUUUAUAGAUUUCAAGGAUUACCAGUAUGAUACCUCUACACGAAAUUAUGAACAUGAGAAACAAAUUAGAAAAUGCCCAGUUAAAUGUUAAUUAAAUUAGUUCUGCUUAUACAAGUGAAAUGGUUAAAUUGGCCUCUGUUAUCAACUCCUAAUUGAAAAAGAAAUAAAAAUGA